AUGGCAGCUCAACAAAUGGAGUACCAAGUGAGCCUAUUCAACGCCGUUCAUCACUCUUUCCUCACACUUCCAUCCUCCUUCCCUCCCUCCUCUCGUCGACUCUCUCCUUUCCCUCUCUUUCUCUCUCCCUCUACCUCGCUGCCUCGCACUUUCCCCUUCCCUCUACCUCGCUGCCUCGCACUUUCCCCUUCCCUCUACCUCGCUGCCUCGCACUUUCCCCUUCCCUCUACCUCGCUGCCUCGCACUUUCCCCUUCCCUCUACCUCGCUGCCUCGCACUUUCCCCUUCCCUCCACCUCGCUGCCUCGCACUUUCCCCUUCCCUCUACCUUGCUGCCUCGCACUUUCCCCUUCUCUUUACCGAGCCCUCCCAUGUUUGCUGUAUACGUGUAUGCAUCAAUGGGGCUGCCUGAAUGUGACAGCUCAGCAUGCUCUCCUUGUGCCUGUCCAUCGUUUACAAUGUCAACUGCUCACUUUUUUCUUCCAACUGGGUGUUCUUUUCUGCCCCCUUUUCUCCUUCUCGAAUACAUUUCCUUAACCGAUGCCAAUGACAGUAUGGUGGCAACCUGUUUUGACAAGUGUUAUGAGAAGAAGUACAAGGAGUCAGAAUUGAAUCUAGGAGAGACUAGCUGUGUUGACAGAUGUGUUUCCAAAUACUGGCAGGUGGUUCCUUGGGACCGGUUCCGCACGCUGACGUGUCAGCAGGGGAUAGGCCUGGCGCGCUGCAUCUACGCCUUCGCGUCGUUCGUGGAUGGGCCCGCCCCCGGGUGUGGCCUGUCCGCCGUGGGGGAGGUGCGACUCAUGCCUGACGUCAGCACCCUGAGGACCCUCCCGUGGUGUCCCAAUCAGAUGCUCGCGUUGGUGGAUGCACACGUGGCGCCAGGUCAGCCGUUUGCUGUCUGUCCGCGCAGCACGCUGAGGAGAGUAGCUGCGUCUCUCAAAGACAGGUUCGGACUGGUGCUGAGAGCAGGCUUCGAGAGCGAGUUCACUCUCCUACACUCCACCACCCCAUCCAUGACCCCUGUGGACCGCACGCUCUACUGCUCCGCCCUGGCGUUUGACGAGCAGGCAGAGCUGAUGGGUGCCAUGGUGGCGGCGCUGCACGGCAUGGGCAUACCCGUGGAGCAGCUUCACCCGGAAUCGGGCGGCGGGCAGUUUGAGAUUGCAGUGGGGCAUGCAGCUGACGUGGCAGCAGCUGAUAGGAUCCUGCUGGUGCGGGAGGCGAUAUCCGGGGUGGUGCGGAGAGCGGCAGCAGCAGGGGCGGAGAGUGGGGGGCUGGAUGGCGCGAGCAGCAAGAGGAGCAGCACACCCACUCAUGUCACCUUCCUUCCACAAGUCUUCCCUCGCGACGCAGCCAAUGGCAGCCACGUCCACGUCAGCAUAUGGAGGGAGCUCACUGGCGGGACUGACGCGUCAUCAUCAGCAGCAGCAGCAACAACCUCGGGGGAUGCACCUAUUAUUAUAACAGAGGGUGGGCGCACGUACAUCAACGCCUUUGCUGCAACGGGGCAAGAGGGAGAAGGCCGGCAGAUGGGUCAGACAGGAGGGCAGCAGGGCAUGUCGGGGGAAGGGCAGCAGUUCAUGGCUGGGGUGAUGGCGCACCUGCCCUCCAUCAUGGCUAUCUCGUGUCCUCUGCCCAACAGCUACGAGCGCCUGGGCCCCAACAAGUGGACGGGCGCCUACCAGUGCUGGGGGCAUGAGAACCGUGAGGCUGCAGUAAGGGUGGCUGCCCCCCCCACCAAUACCGCUGACGACACAUGUGCUGCUGCAGGCGUGCCAGCAGCGUUCCAAGAGACCAACUUUGAGGUGAAGGCGUGUGACGCGUGCGCCCAGCCGCACCUGGUGCUGGCGGCCAUCAUUGCUGCCGGCAUGGAUGGGCUGGAUAAGAAGCUGCAGCUGCCAGCACCUGUUGACGUCAACCCGGCUGACCUUCCGCCGCACAAUGCCCCUCCUCGCCUGCCUGCAAGCCUGGAGGAAUCACUAGCAGCCUUUGAGGCGGACGCUGUCAUGCGGGCAGCACUGGGGGAGGCCAUGGUGCAGGCGAUUGUGGCAGUGCGCAAGGCUGAGAUUCAACAUUACUCGGGAAGAGCAUCUAUGGCUAGCCUACUUGCACUGAAAUAUUAA